AUGGCGGCUUCCUCUCAAGAAUUCACCCUCACCUUCGAAAUCGCACCCCCAACAACCGUCCGACCCGGCCACCCAUUCACCCUCCCCGUCAUCAUCUCCGUCCGUCCACUGAGCAACCUCCCACAGUCCUCCCAGACCACCACCCACCUCGUCGCAAGCGCCAAUCUUCGCAACGAAUCCGGGACCAGCGCCGCAGCGGGACUCAGCGGAAACCUGACCGCAAUGGUUCGCAGUCGCAUCGAGCCCUCAAUGAGUGGGUAUGCCAAAUUCACGGGCCUGACCAUCUCUCAGCCGGGCACGUAUCGACUGAGAAUCAUGCUAAGUGCAUCGACGGUGAAGGGGGUGAUGAUCAAGGAAGUGCUCGAUUCGGGCAUCAUCCACGUCCAUGCGGCGGCGCCGUUGACACAACGACCGAACCCAGCAAUGGUAGCAAAACUUCAGCAAUUGAUAGCUGAAAACUUGGACAUUUCCGCCGCAGAUAUUGCAAAGUGGCAGAGCGCAUGA